UAAGCAAGAGACCGCGGCCCUCCUGACAACACACAGGGUUAGCUAAGAGAGGAAAUCGUUACAUCACGGCACCUCCCGCCACUGCAACACGCCACGCUCUGACCAAACCAAACAGCAUUGCAUAGACUGAGGUGUGUGGCGGCGGCGUGGCGGAGCAGGUAAUGAGAUGUUCAGGUAACACGCUUGCUCCUUGGCGGCGUGACGGACUGUGGGCGUGCGGGCGGCGAUAAUGGGCAGCCAAAUAAGCGACAGAUGUUGGGAAAGCAUCAGAAAUUGCACGUGUCCCUGUGCCGCCGGCCGCGGGUUCACGCGGGAGUCCUGUGCUGUGGUGUGAAUAGUCUGAGGAGAGUUAAUACGAGGCUUCGCUUCGUCGCGAGGACCAGACCGGGCUUCGUCGCGAGGACGGGUCGGAGGGACCAACGGAAAGCAUUCGCUAUGAAGGAUGAGAUGGACACCGGGCUGCAGGCUGGAGGGAGAGCAGGUGGUGUGGCAGAGGUGAUGAACCCGGCUAGUUUGGGCUUCAUUGGCUGUGGCAACAUGGCCCAGGCAAUGCUGUCAGCCUUCCUCAAGAAAGGCUUGGUUGACCCUCACCUUACCAUUGCCAGCGCCCCGUCAGAGCGUAACCUGACCAAGGUGCGGGCGCUGGGGGUGAGGACCACGCAUGACAACAAUGAGGUGGCACGCACCAGUGACUUGGUGUUCUUGUGUGUGAAGCCCCACCUGCUGAGUCCUGUGCUGGCUGACCUCCUGCCCCUCGAGAACAACCACAGCCCUCUCUUUGUCUCUGUAGUGACGGGCGUGUCUCUGUCUGACCUGGAGGAGAUGCUGAGCAGCGUGGUGGACAACCCACGUGUGGUGCGCUGCAUGCCCAACACUCCCUCUGCUGUGGGGCAGGGGUGCUGCUUGUAUGCAAGAGGUACCCAAACCACUGCAUCAGACGCUGAGGCCACCAGUUCCCUGCUGAGUGCUGUGGGAAUGUCUGCUGAGAUCCCGGAGUACCAGAUAGAUGCUGCCUGUGGCCUGGCUGGUUCAGGGCCUGCCUAUAUUUACAUGGCCAUUGAGGCACUGGCAGACGGUGGUGUGAAGAUGGGCCUCCCCCGACCCUUGGCACAGACACUGGCGGCCCAGACGGUGAAGGGGGCGGCCACCAUGGUGCUGGAGACAGGCAAGCACCCUGGCCAGUUGAAGGACGAGGUGUGUUCCCCAGGUGGCACGACCAUUGCUGCCGUCCAUGCCCUGGAGAAGAAUGCCUUUAGGAACAGCCUCAUGUCAGCAGUGGAGGCAUCAACAUUACGCUCGAAGGAACUAGGAGCCAAGAAGUAAUACAGGUGCUGGGUUAUACUGACCCUGUUUAGACUCUGCAGCUCCUCAUCAUCUCCCACAGCACUAUUAGCCUUAUGUCUCCCAAGGAAUAGUGGCACUGAUUUCUCUUUGUUGUAAUCUUUUUUUUCUUCUUACUGUGCUGGAUUUCCCGUGUACUGAUUUUUUUUUUCUUGGCAUGCUUGUGAAAUUAAAGUAAUGUGUGUGUGUGUGUGUGUAAGUAAGAGUGUGAAAGUUUGAGUUAUAUUGCAACACAGGACUCUCAGAAUGUUACUUGAUAGGAAAAUUUGUGUCAUGUAAGAAGUAUUGUUGGUUUCUGUGUCUUACAGAUUAUUUAAUAUUCUCAGGAAGCCAACUGGAGAUGAUAUGAAGCUGUUAUUUAUUGUUUUAUGUCAUUUUCAUGUGGAGAUUUUAUACUUUAUAGUCACUUUUUUUUUUUGUUGUAUGCAAUAGAUUUUUCUGUACAGUUUUUAUGAAGUACAUUUUCAUUUUUUUUU